AAAGAGUGAUAUUAGAGUUUCCGGUUUUACGUACAAGCCAAGAUGCCAGGAAUCACUGUUAAAGACGUCGAUCAGGACAAAGUUGUCCAGGGCGUUGCGCUUUUUCUAAAGAAAUCCGGCAAAUUGAAGGUUCCCGAUUAUAUUGAUCUGAUCAAAACUGCUAAGUACAAGGAACUUGCCCCCACAGAUCCGGACUGGUUCUACGUGCGGUGUGCCUCGAUUUUGCGACGAUUAUAUCAUCAAAGUCCAUCGGGUGUUGGUUCGAUAACUCGUAUCUAUGGAGGUCGUCAGCGUAACGGUGUUCGUCCAUCACAUUUCUGUCGUGCUGAUGGUAGUGCUACCCGAAAAGCUGUUCAAGCACUGGAACUCAAAUUAAUCGAAAAACAUCCAGAAGGUGGUCGCAAAUUAACCAGUCAGGGCCAGCGUGAUUUGGACCGCAUUGCCGCUCAGAUUAUUAGCAAACAGCGGGCAGCCUUGAAAAAGGAAGCUGCCACCAUUGUACUGGCUUAAACUACAUUGUUUACACUUAAAGAUGUAAGAGUAUAAGAGUAGAGUGACUAAGAAAUUAAUCAGCCUUUUUUUAAGGCUAGCUAUUCAUAGAACUAUUCUUCGAACUAAUCAGUCUUGUACUACCAGAACGUUGGAGGCAUGAACAUGCACAUCAACGACUAUUUGCUGGCUUACUCGGAUGAUUGCUUCGACAUCAUCGCUCUUUCUGAGACGUGGUUCAGUGAUUGUACGCUAUCCGUUCAAGGUUUUGGAUCCAACUACGAAGUCUUCCGUACCGAUCGCAGCCCCUUAAAUAACUCAAAAACUAUUGGAGGCGGGGUGCUUAUUAGAGAUGGUCGGGUAUCGGGUAUUUUACCCGAAAUCCGACCCGUACCCGUACCCGACGGGUUUUUGGUCGGGUACGGGUAAAAAUUUUUAUUUUCAAUCGGGUACGGGUCGGGUACGGGUAAAAAAUUUUACUACUCACUCGGGUACGGGUCGGGUACGGGUAAAAAAAUUUACCGCUCACUCGGGUACGGGUCGGGUACGGGUAAAUUUUUUUUUCGGAUCGAUUACCCGACCAUUUGUACUUCAGAUAAAUAUGUUUACACGUUGACGAGAUUUUUUCAUUGCAAAACAGUUCUUCCGAAAAAUAAUCAAUUUGAUUCAAGGGGUUUUGACAUUCGCGCUUAGGACCAGACCUAUCAACUGGCAUCUUUUUCCAGAAAAAAACAUUUUUUUCUUCAUGAAUAGUUAUGUGAAUAUUUCCCGCCCUACUUUGUUUAUAACAUAUUUAAUAAGACACACUGCCUUAGCUCUAUGAUGUUGCAGUCGGAAUCUACUUUUCACGUAGGUUUUAAUGGACUGCCAUUUUAAAGCUGUUUAAUGCACAAUCCAGUAAAAAUUAUUUGAUUCAUGUACUGCCCAUACUCGCAUAUCAGUCUCAUAUCGAUUUUCGCCAAUUUUGAGUUAGCUUGAGGUAUGGAGUCUUUCCUCAAUAUACUCUCAGAAAUUGCAAUGAAAGUUGAGGGUUUGUUCAGUAAAAUAUAAAAAAAAUAUCAACUCAUUUCUGUGUCCCAUAUGCUAAAGUACCCGCAUAUCAGUACCAUUCAGUGCAAAAUUUCAAUAAUUUCAUUUGUUGCAAUAUUGGAACAGCAAAGGUGUAUUACCGAUAUUUCAUGUAAUAAUACCAAGAUUUAGCAUUAGGGAGCAAAUCAAAGUCUUGGCAUUACAUUCCUUUCGUGGAAUUUGGCCUUUCUGUUUCAACAGACUUCGCAGCCGAUUCUUAGCGUACAGAAUCAUUGCAUGGCUAGUACUAUGAAUGACACUAAGAAUCCUUCCAGGUCGGGGCUCGAACAUACGACAGCUGGCUUGUAAGACCAGCGUCCUAUGCAUUGAACCGCCAACCCGGGACCAGCAAUAGGGAGCACAAUAAAUAAAAAAAAAUCGGAAAUAAACUUUUGAUCGUCUUUUUCUCAACAUGCCGAUUUCCCAUAUGGGACUGAUAUGCAAGUAUGGGCAGUAUAUAAAAUGUAGUGUAGUACUCAUAUCACAUUCAGAUACCAGAAAACUGUUAUUUUAAAUAUUGGUUAGAGAUUUUCAAAAUUUUCAUAAAAAUCAUUGGGAUUCUUACCAUAAAAACAUGAACAUUUAUUUCAGAAAAUCUGCAUAGAAGUUCUUAUUAUUCUGCACUUCUGGGUGGUGUCACCUCACUUUAAAUGUCACCAAUUGAUGGCACAGCAAGUUGUGCUAUAUUGCUAGUUAAUUUUCGUUUCUUUUCACUGGACUACAAGUGAAAAUCUCGAUGCGUGACAACGUGGAGUCGCAAAAGUAAGGGCGAAAAUCUUUUCUCGUGAAAUUUUCACCGUGUUCACUCGUUGAGGGUUCCACCGGUUCAAUGGCUGUAAAAACCACCAGCUACCGAUAACAUCGUGGGUGUGGGUUUGUGAGGCUUAUAAAACGGGCAUAGUUGACAGAUUAAUUUAAAUCAAAAUCAUAAUUCAUUUUGCUUUGUAGUAAAAAAUUGUGGCCAAAAAAAUUUCCUUCGAAUGUUCAAACUACUUACACUUGAAGGACUCACUGUUCACCAUGUUCAAAAUUGAAUUUUUCACAUCGGGAAUACACGUACGUUGUUUGAUUCUUUGGUCAAUUCACGUAAACGAACUGAUAACACACUAUUUAUUUUAGGGGAUGUUCGCAUAACAUUCAUUUUCGUCACGUAUAAUAUUCAAUUUGACAUUUGGAAUUAUUUUACGUGAUUUUUCCAGUGAUUCGAAUGUGAAUUUUUAUUUGUGUGUCAAGAUAAUGAGCACGCUUACUUAUAGUUCUAAAGAAUUGGAUCAAAAGUCGCACUGUUUCGUAAAAACCAUA